AUGCAUCCCUUCGAAGAUCCUUACCCUCCCCUUCCUCUCAUCCCAAAAGAUGAAGUCGCUCAGGUCAGGAUGUAUGAGAUCCAAGCAAGCCCCCCCUGCGUCAUGGUCAGAGCGCUCCUCGCCUAUGGAGGACUCAAGUACGAGAGCGUCCUCGUCAACAUGAUGAGCACAAGGCAUCUGGACAUUCCGACCCUGGUCGUUAACGGCAUGCAGAUUAACGACUCCUACAUCAUCUACAAAGAGCUCUCCGCCAUCAUCUUCGAGCGAUCUCUCUCGGCCCUAGAGUGCCAGCAGAUCCAUGACAUCACGUACGGGAUGCUGCUGGCGUUCCAGUCGGAGUUCUUCAGCUCUCUGGCCGUGAGGAAGAAGUUCGUCCGCCUGUCCUUCGCGGGCAACGGCUGCUUCACGUGCUUCUUCCACCCUCUCAUCCGCAUGUACGUGGGCCGUGCUCCCAACCGCAUCCACGCGGCCCAUCCUGACCUGCAGUCGUUGGACUUCUACGGGAAGAAGUUUAGCGCGGAGAUCAACAAGGGGACGUUUCACGGAGGAGCUCAGCCCGGGCCCGUCGACAUCAUGGUGUGGGCCCUGACGGAGCUCGGCAAGCACAUGGGCCUCGAGCCGAGCAUCGAGCGGUGGAUCGCGGGGUGCGGUCUGAGAGCAUGGUCCAACGCGAUGGAGGGUACUUGA